AACGCAGCGCGAGCCUUCAUGACCCAGGUCAAGGUCACUAUGUCGCUUAGCAAAACAUGGCGUAUUUCCGGUCAAUUGUAACCCAACUUUUCGUUAUUUCACACAUUGUUUAUUGUGCCAGUGUCGAAUUGCAGGUAUAUGAUGAGGAAACGUACAGGGAAUAUUACAGUUAUGUGGAGUUUAGUCGUCGUCUUUGGCAUUUCGCUGAAAAAUACCCGCACAUUUGCAGCCUCGCGAGCGUCUGCAGGUCUGCUGAAGGCAGAGAACUUUGGGUGAUGAGGAUCACAGCUCCCACAGAUCUCCUGAUGAUGGAUGUUCCUGGGAAACCGCGAUUCAGAUACGUGGGGAACAUCCACAGGGACGAGGUGCUGUCCAGACAGCUCCUGAUCUACCUCACUGAUUAUCUCUUGAGUCAGUACGGAACUGAUCCCAGAGUGACUCAACUUGUAGACAGCACAGAUAUUUAUAUCUUACCCAGUGUGAAUCCUGAUGGCUUUGAGAAGCCUGUAGAAGGAGAGUGUGAUCUAAACCCCAAUUUCCCUGACCGCUUUGAUCCAAGUGCACCUGAGGUGUUAGCAAUCACUAAAUGGGUGUUACACAAAAAGUUUGUUCUUGCUGGAAACUUGCAAGGAGGCUCAGUAAAGCCCAGCUACCCCUUUGAUUACUCCAGUUCCCACAUUACUCCAGGUCCAUACAGACAUACAGAUGAUGAUGAUGAUGAUGAUGCCCUCUUCCGCUAUUUGGUACAGACUUUUACUGAAAACCACUCAAUCAUGAGAGAGGGCGAGUCCCAUUGUCCUGACGAGCUGAACGAGGAGUUCAGAAAUGGGACAACUGCAGAGUGGACUGAUGUGCAAGGAAGCAUGCAAGAGUUUAGUUACUUCAGAGGAAACUGCUUUGAAGUCACCUUUCAGCUGAGCUGCUGCAAAUACCCGUUGGCUUCAGAUCUCUAUACUGAAUGGAACAACAAUAGGGAAGCUCUGCUAGCAUACAUGGAAAAGGUUCAUAUGGGAGUCAGAGGUUACGUCAUGACCACCUCAGGAAUGGGUAUCCCAGACUCAAACAUCUCAGUUGCCGGAAUAGAUCACAUCAUCACAACAUGGAUAUUUGGCGAUUAUUACCGCUUGCUGCUGCCAGGAACGUAUAACAUCACAGCCAGCUCUCUUGGGUACCUUCCAAGCACUGUGAACAAUGUAACAGUGAUUGAAGGCAAAGCCACUCUACUAAACUUCACCCUAAAGGAUUUGAGUGAAGAGGUGGUAAUGCCCCAGCUCACUGCUCCUGUACUGACAGUGGCAUACCAGUCGACUGAACAGGUUCUUGACCACCAACAAGCUUCCACACCUGAGCCCCUAGUCCAGAGACAGGGCUUUAGUCAUCACAGUUACUCAGACAUGGAAGUGUUCUUGCAGCGGAUUAGCUCUGUUUAUUCGUCUCUUGCCCAACUGUACUCUAUUGGCCAAUCGGUGCAGGGCAGAGAACUCUACGUCAUGAAGAUAUCUUCUAACCUUGGCACUGAUGAACCAGGUAAACCUGAAGUCAUAUUUGUCGGCAACUUGCAUGGCAAUGAUGCUGUAGGUCAAGAGAUUCUCUUGAAUUUGAUCGAGUACCUGUGCAGUAAUUAUGGCAGCGAACCUUUAAUCACACAACUGGUGAACAGUACGAGAGUGCACAUUCUACCUUCCAUGAACCCAGAUGGUUAUGAAAUGGCAGAAGAAGCUCCAGAAUAUUUUAAUGUAAAUAGAGAAUUCAGUGGUGGUGUGAACGACGGUGAGAAUCAAAAUGCUGACUUGACCAGGAACUUUCCUGACCAGUUCCACGCGGCUGAUUUUGUUCGACCAGAAACCAAGGCAGUGAUGAACUGGAUUAAGGCUUACUCAUUUGUUUUGUCUGCUAGUAUUCUUGGUGGAGUGAUUGGAGUGACGUAUCCGGGUUCAGUUGAUGCCGUUGAUGAGGCUGUAUUUAAAUCAAUCACACAGGCCUAUUUGGAAUUUUCAUCUCUCCAGAUGUCACAGACCUGUGAGGACCUGAGGCAUUUGGACAGAAAUAAAAUUAAUCAUGGUGCCCCUGUAGGAAUUGAUCUGGAGACCUGGACGUACCAUAACACAGACACUCUGGGAGUCAGAAUUGGAAUAAGCUGUGAUCUGCAUCCUCCAGUUGAAAACAUUACAACAUACUGGACACAGAAUCAAAGACCUCUGCUACACUUAAUCCAACAGGUUCAUUUUUCAGUCAGGGGUAGAGUGACUGAUAGCCAGUCUGGUCAGGCUGUUGCUAAUGCUACCAUAGAGGUGGACGGCUCCAGGCACCGGGUUCACACCAGCAGCACAGGAGAGUACUGGAGACCUCUGACUCCUGGGGUAUACCAGCUCCAUGCCUUUGCUCCAGGAUAUUUUCCACUCUCAGCGUCGGUCACGGUGACUGUAACUUGGGUGGAGGAGGUGGAUUUUGCACUGACUCGAGUUCAGCAGCCGCAAUCUGAAAGUCAGAUGGAGGAAGAAGAGUUUCGGAGGUUGGUGGAGAACCUGUCCUCUGAUCAUGGCCUCGAACAGCUCGUCCAGAACUAUCUUCCAGCCAGAACUCUGCACUACAGGAAGCACACGGAACGCUCAGAAUUCCUGCAUGGACUUCACCUCAACUUUCCUCAUAUCACCCGUCUGUACAGUCUGGGUAACAGCUGGGAGUUCCGGCCUAUUUGGGCUCUGGAGAUCUCUGCGAGUCCUGAGUCAACACGGCCCACGGUGCCAAAAAUCCGGUACGUCGCAGGUGUCCAUGGAAACGCUGCAGCAGGGCCAGAGCUGCUGCUGGAGUUUGCAUCUGUUCUGUGUAUAAACUAUGGUGGGGACCCUACCAUCACAAAGCUGAUUGACAGGAGCAGGAUUGUGAUCGUGCCAUGUGUGAAUCCGGAUGGUAGAGAGCUGGCUCAGGAAGGCUCGUGUUUCUCCACGGCAGGACUCACCAAUGCUCACGGUGUAGACCUUGACACAGACUUCAUCUAUGGCAACAUGUCUGCGCAGCCCGAAACACGUGCGAUGAUGAAUCUGAUCGAGGGAGGAGGCUUCUCUCUCUCUGUUACACUAGAAGGAGGUUCUCUGCUGACAACGUACCCCUAUGACAGACCCACUGAACCAGCACACAAUGAAGAAACCUUGAGAUAUUUGGCCUCGAUCUAUGCAAGCAGUCACCCUGUCAUGCACUUGGGUUACCCCGGAUGCAUCAAUGGACUGGAGUCAGUCGAAGGAGGAGUUCUGAAAGGUGCAGAGUUCAGAGGUCACAUGGGCAGUAUGAAGGAUUUUAGUAUGGAUGUGGGUUUGUGUCCUGAGAUCACUGUGUACACCGGUUGCUGUCUGUACCCACCUGCUCAGCAGCUGCUUCCGCUCUGGGCAGAGCACAAGACGGCUCUGUUUGCCAUGCUGCUGGAGAUUCAUAAGGGGCUGAGUGGCGUGGUGAAAGACAAAGAGGGCCGGCCGGUGUCUGAUGCGGUGAUCAAGGUGAAUGGCUCUGUGUUGGUGCAUACAGAUGUGCAAGGCUUCUUCCACACGCUACUGGCUCCAGGAACUCAGCAACUGCAGGUUCAAGCUUCAGGUUUUCAGGAGCAGCUCAUGCAGGUAAAUGUGUCAUCACAUCAAAAGGCAGUUCCUAUUAUGAUCAAGAUGAGUGAAAACAGUAGACACAGAGGCCAGGGAUUAGUGCUGGCUGCUGCAAUCUCCAUAACCGUUAUCCUGCUCUGCUUGCUCCUGAUGUGGCACUUCCGCUCAGCCAAGUUCAGCCGAAUCAGAGAAUCGGUUAGAUGGCUCUGUCGUCUGCAAGAAGAUCUUCAAACAGAGGCCAUAGCGUCUGAGAAGCUGCCUCUGCAGAGCAUGUUUUUGGAGGACAGUGAGAGUGAGGAUGAUGCUUUUUACCUCGAGCAGCACUGAAUAAAAGUCUUAGCAACCUCA